UUUAUCUGUGGGCAAACCGUAGAAACUUAAAACGGGCCGGACAUAACCUUAAUCAUGGAGGCAGAAACCAUGCCAAUUGAUGAGAAUAUUCUUGUGAUUAAAUGUAAUGCACACCAGUUAAUUGAAUCACCUUCGACAGUAAUGAGUUUAAAUUAUGAGACUUUCUGUAUUAAUGACAGUCACGACCGCCUACCGUCCUCACUCUCUUCAGUUGCACCGUCCUGGCCUUGUCCUGUGCGGGGAAUAGUCUUUGUUGGGAUUCGCUUCCACCAUGGUAGACGUUGUGACGAGUGCAAGUGUUGGAUUGUUUCUGGCGUAAUCUAUUUUCGAUAUAUCCGCAGCAGAUAAACCCUCUGACGUCAUUCGAGUUUCAUCACUUUGUGGAAAGACCUGCUUUCGGGUUGUCCAUUGGUGUUGGACCUAUAUGGUCUAUCCGUACUUUUCCAAUACGGCUACGUCGACAAGGUAUCGUAUGCAGCAAUGCUAGAGUAGAAGUGACAAUUCCUUCAUUAGAGUCGGUGCAAAGGCAGUGUCGUCCAUAAGAGGGAGAACACUGACAAACUGCAGUAUCUAGUCUGUUUAAAUCAGUACUCAGUUUUCUACACUUGACGUGUAGUGCACUCUUUGAGAAUCACGGUCCUGAAGACAGGCUCGUGCUACCGCCGUGAAAUCUCCAUUAAUGGAUCGAUAUGGAUGACAUGCAGGCAUCAUCUCUUCAACCAAAAUUAACCUUAGGGAAUUUCCUGCGAACUGCCGAGUUCCUGGAAGUUCGUUUACGUCUGCCGCGCGGUUUGUGCGUCGAAGGACUGGUUGUGUCCUCGACUGGGAUAUAACCAGUUAACUGCUCGCGACGUGAACGAGGAAAACAUCUGUGGAUAGCCACACACUUAAGUAGAGUGGACGUUGACACAAGUGGCCGCGCGGCAUGAGGUUGUCACGCGAGGUCCACGACCGGCUUAAGGUGGCGCCAACGCAGGACCAGAUGAUAACUGCCGAGACGGUUCUUGACGAUGAAGAAACAAUUUGUUGCUGUUACAAAAUUCUCGUAAUCCUUAACCACUUCCAGCCAACCCGCCAAGGAAGAGUUAUUAGAAGCCACUCCCAUAUCGCCCUGAUAUCACGAGGAAAGCCCAGAUCUAUUUGUAAUGGCUUUGGAAAUGGCAUGAAUUCACCGUGCGUAAUGCACAUGUCACAGGACUAAUCCCGUCUCAUCGGUCAACGAUGCGCUAACAGCCCCAUCUUGGAUGUUGGAACAACACGUGAGACCCUUUACACCCGCUAUCCCAGUGCAGUGCGAGUAGGAGAAAGAAUCCGAUUCAGUGCUAUACAUGCACACAGACUUGAAGUCUGUCAUCAGCGGAUAUCUUUACAUUGGCCCUCCGUUUACAACUGCCACGCAACCUCCACUGAAAGAAAAAUGCGGCCACGUGGUACUAAACACGACUCGCUUUAUCGUUUACGGUUACAUCUGUGAUACGCAUUGGGUGUUCGUCUUCCGCUUGUGAGUUAUGAUUGCUGUGGAAAUAAGGGAAAGAGGGAAGUUAAUAUGUCAGAACUGAAUGAUACGUUGGAUGCUAUACACUUUAUAGACGCACGGACACAAUCAAUUUGCUUGACAAUGGAAGUCACAUAUAACUUAACCAAUGAGGUUAAUGCACAAUGGUUCCUGGGCACAUAUGCCUACAGCUGGUCUGAUACCCUAGUCCACACUAUCAUCCUUCCCUUCAUUCUUAGUGUUGGGCUCCUGGGAAACGUGGCCUUUUUGAUUGUGGUAUUACGGAUCGAGUGGAUGCGAACCAUCACCAACUGCUACCUGGUGAACCUGGCUGUGGCUGACAUGACCUUCCUGGUCGUCUCGAUUGGGGAAAAGCUUCACCAGUACACGCGGACCCCCUUCGUCUACGACGACUUGCCCAAGGGCCCCACCGGCUGCAUUCUGGUCCCCUUCACCAAAGACCUCUGCUUCUUCUCUUCCCUCUUCUUGGUGACCUGCAUCUCGGCGGAGCGAUUCAACGCGGCCUGCCGGCCCCUGAAGCAGCGGCAGAGCAAAGGGGCUAAGCUGAGGGCACGGACGGCCAGGCUAGCCACUGGGGCUUGGGUCUUGUCCCUUGCCAUGGCAAGUCUCCGAGUCUCUGCGUCCUGCUGCCGGUACAGAGUCUAUUGCCUCCUGUGGCCAGACAAUGACGCUUACCUGGAUUACCCAGGAGUCGUCGGUGAGUGUCGGCCGGCCGCGGAGUGGAUUGCCAUCGUUGCCAAGAGCAUCCAGCUCGUUCUCUUCGUACUAGCUAUGGCAGUCAACACCGCAUUUUACGUCAAGAUCACCCGCGCCGUGCAGUGCACCUCAGCCCGUCCACACGCUCGCCGGGUGCCCUCCACCGGCAGCUCCUCCAUCGAGGCAAAGAUAACCCGUAUGGUGGUGGCCACGGGGGUCGUGUUCUUCCUCUGUCUAGCUCCCUACGAGCUCUUAUCGGCACUGGUGAUGAUCCUUCCCACCUUCGACGGUAACAUAGUGUCGGCCAUGCAGGUUUGCCGCAUGCUGGUGCAUCUCAACUCGGCAAUCAAUCCUUUCAUCUACAACGUGGCUAAUCCUCGCUACAGGAGGGCCUUCCGAGUGGUGUUCACAUGCAGCCGAGCCGGUCGGACCAGAGAAUUUUCUCAAAAUACAAAGGACGUGCCUACCAGGCCCCCAAACGCCAAUACUUCAGAUAGGAGUACUUUCCUCAAGCAGAAAAGCCACCGUGGUCAAUCGACGCAAGGUUUUUGCUCAACCAACUUGUAAAAACUGCCCCUCGUGGUGCUAGCCACGCCCUUUAGGAUGUGGCUAGCACCAUGAGAAACCAAAUGAUGAAAUAAUGAAACCAAAAAAUGGUUUCAUUAAAAUUGUACAUUUGGUAUUUUCUGAACGAUCUCUUUUAGCGUUGUACCACCACUGAUCUUGUGACUCGAGUAGAGUUUUCUGAUGAUGGAAUCGAGUCGACUAGGUACUGACCUCUUGACUUGAGUCGAGUGAGCCACCUUAAGGAAGCUUCAAUCGACUGGAGUUUUAUGACAAGGGACUUGAAUUGAGUCAUUGCUAGCAGUGACUCAAGUUGAGUCGAGUAAUCCGUUGGGGCUCGAGUCAGGCCGAGUCGCCAAAAUUUGUUGUUUACGUGUUUGUGCAUAAGCAGCCUUGUUAAGAAGAGGAAAUUGCAGCCGAAAAGACGUUUUUUAGGGGUAUACCUUAAAACUUUAAUUCAACAAAUGAUUUAAUGAUUAUUCACAAAGAGAUGUUGCCUACCGUACUUUCCAGUGGCUUUAAAACAAGAACACUCUCCCAAAAGCAUUGCUCAUAUUUCUUAUGCUAGCUGUUCACACGAAUAGGGUUGGUAUUACAUACUAAUCAUAUGAAGUAUGUUUUAUUUUCAAUCCACAGAUCUCCAGCUUGUAAAGCGUUAUACGUGUUGUUUGGAUUUAAGUACAUGUAAUCUUGAAGGAGGUGUUUGUUUUCUAGAUAAAUUGAUUGUUUAGUUGUACAUAAUUUCAAUAUUUAAUUGCCUCUUUCAGUUAGUUUUCUGAAUCAGCGACACAUUGGUCUGAUGAUUAACAGUACACAUAUCGUAUCAGUUUGAUUGUAUUGUGUGUAUAUAUUUUGUGGCAUGUUUCACCCAAGAAAUCGCUUUUCAAACAAAAUCAGGAAAAGGUUAAAUAUCUUAAAAAUAAAAAUUAGUAUUCUUUUAGUCGCAAAUUUAAAGUUUUUUUCCUUGUUCCUUUUUAGUUUAAGUUGCCCGAUAGUAUAAAUUUAUUACUGAAAUCCUAUGUUACUAUUAAAUGUUGGUGUCGACAUCUGUUUGCAUUUUUUUGUCGAAGAUCAGUUUUGAAAAUCAAAAUGAAACUGCCCUUUGAUGCUCUUCUAAAGACAAGGAAAAGUUGCGAAAAUAAAUCCCCCCAGAUUUAAAUCAAGCCAAUAGCCUUGGGUAAAACUCCGGGUGAUUUAGGGAGAAAAGUGGGUUAAUGGACGGAGUUGACACUUAGAUAUAAAGCAAAAAAAAAAAACCAGAGCAGAAUAUCUGAACUCCAACCUGGGAAACUGCCUAUAGGGCUUGCAGUGCGCAGAACAACCUGGAGCUUACAGCUAGGUACUUAUGCCGUUAUGAAAGAAACCGAAUCUUGUCAUUGUAGGCGUAUCUGAGAAUGUAGCCCUUGGCUUGAAAAGAAGGCAAUAGCAAAAAAAUUGUCUCCUGUCACCACUUACCCACAUUUUCUGACAGUGAUAAAGUACGGUGCCAUUUUGUGCCAGUAGUAUAUAUGUUUUAACAACAAUCCCAUCGUCAUCGCUUGUUUUUGUUUUGUCGUCAUUCGGCUAUGUCUCGUUGUACCAUUUCGGCAAAAUUCCGCUCUGAUGCCGACGGGGUUAACUGGCAAUAAAUGGAGGGGGUUGUAAUAGUUGUCACACUGCCCCCAUAUGUGUGUUCUCUCAUGGACAAUUGUGAAGUGUAUGAAAUCUAACUGUAGUCAGUUACACCAGCCGAACAUGUUAACGUGGCUAUUAUGUAUUUCUUCGCUCGUUCUUGAAGGGGGGGGCUAAAACGUGCGCCCUCUUCCGGUUUCUACCCUCUUAUUUAUUUCAGAAUACGGGCUCGUUUACCUAAAAAUUUCUUCCUUCUUUGCCGCCUUUCUCUUCAUCCAUGUCUUGCUUGUUCGACUUACCAACGCAUGCAUAUACUGAAGUGAUAGCUUCAAAUUUUAAACCCUUUUUUUUUUACUUUUGUUGCAUACUCAGUAUUUCCUGCUGUUAAUGUUUCGGAAUAUAACCGAAUUUAAACCCUCGGGUUACUCUCACUUACAGAGAUCCUGAAGCGACGUCCAAGUUGUUAAGAUCCUGACAAAUUCCGGCAUUCUGAAAUAGAAUGGAACAGGCUGGCCCCCGUAUGUAAUGGCUUUCUCUGCACUCCCUGUCAAUCAGCCUUUCCAAAGGAAAAACAGAUAGGUCCUUGCUAAGCUGCUGUUAUUGUCUACAUGCUUUUCGGCCUCAAUCAAUAAUGUAUGUAGCAAGAGCCCAUCUCAAUUUAUAUUUCAGCCUGCCGGCAUUGGCAAUUAUUAUCACUUCGCUUUUUCAACUGCGUCAUCCCAUCUGCGGUCAGUUAUUUUGUUUUUCUGGCUCCUACAUACUUUCUUUAUAUUUUGGUCACGAUGUGUAAUAUUUCUCAUAAUUGCCCUCUAGUCUGGCUGUAAAUGUAUCGUUCAAACUUUUCCAAUUAAUUGUGGAUCUGUGGUGUUUGCCUGUAAAUCUCAAUAAAUUACAGUGCUGACUUGUCAUUCGA